GCAGAGGCAGAGGCAGAGGCAGAGAAAGUGAAAAGAGAAGAGUCCUCCAUAGACCAGUCACUGGGCUGGCAGCAAAGAGGUAGAGAGCUACAUCAAGAUUAUCCGCCAUUGUUCCCUCCCUUCUCCCCAAAACGACAACCAUUCUCUGCCAACACCGAACCCUUUCUCCCCUCUCUCUCCAUUCGGCCAUCUCUUAAAAUAAUUUCUCCCCACAAUUUCUUCCUCCUCUUGGGAAAGCUCGACCAUGGCGGAGUUAGGCGGAGGAGGAGGUGGGCGACAGCAAGUCUGGGUUUCUCCCAAUUCGUCGGUGGUGGUGGAGGCUUGGAGAGGGAUAGUCAAUUGGCUUGGUUUCCUCUUGCAACUAUGCAUUCAAAUCCUCAGAGGAACCCCAUCAGUGGCCCAAAUGUUGCUCUCUUAUGUUGGGUUCAGUCAAUCGCUACUCCCAGCUGCUUCUCCUUCUCGCGACGCUUCUUCUACUCCUCUUCCUCAUCGCUCUUUCAAGCGAUUGCCCGUCGUCGAAGUUCCCUUGCAGGAGACCGAUAUGUCUCCGCCGGCUGCCGGCCGAAUUUCCGCCCGGGCCGACCUCGGCGAAGGCGACGGUGCUACCAUUGGCGAUCGCCAAUUAGAGAAGCUUACAGUGGUUCUUGACUUGGACGAAACGCUGGUUUCUGCAUACGAAAAGUCUAACCUGCCACCAAAUCUUCGAACUCGAGCUAUAGAAGCUGGACUGAAGUGGUUUGAAAUCGAAUGUAUCUCGGAUAAGGAAAUUGAAGGUAGGAAGAAGAUCAACUACGUUACAGUGUUUGAGCGCCCCGGUUUGCAAGAGUUCUUGACACGAGUUGGCGAAUUCGCCCAUCUGGUUUUGUUCACGGCUGGUCUAGAAGGCUAUGCAAGGCCUCUUGUUGACAAGAUAGACAUUGAGAAUCGUUUCUGCCUAAGACUUUACAGACCUUCAACUGUCAGCACGGAGCACAAAGAACACGUAAAGGAUCUGUUAUGCGUAUCGAAGAACCUGCGUCGAAUUGUGAUUGUGGACAACAAUCCGUUUAGUUUCCUGCUCCAGCCAUUGAAUGGGAUCCCGUGCGUUCCUUUCUCUGCAGGACAGCCUUACGAUCAUCAGCUUCUGGAAGUGGUGCUCCCCAUGCUGAGGCAACUGUCGUAUCAGAAGGACGUUAGACCAUCGCUUUACCAGAUGUUCCACAUGCCAGAGUGGUUCCAAAUGCAUGGGAUUCCUACUGCGUUGACGUGAGAUCGCCAGACAAGCUACUUUUUGUUCGGGAGUCCAUGAUUCUUUACCAGCGGGAUUAGGGUUGGCAUUUAUUUAUGAGUUGUGGUACCCUUCCACGAUGUUUUUCUAAUGGUGAAUCUGUGAAUGAAUGUUGGCUAGACUGCGAAACUGGCCUUGAGGGGUUAAAGAUGUUAUAGCAAGGUUGUAAGAGGGGCCAGUAGGGGGUUACAAGGGUUUGGGGCGACUUCCGUUCCUUUUCAUGGUUCCGUUCAGUGCAGCGGCCACUUUCUGGGGAGCAAUUCUUGGCCACUGUCGAAUUCCCACAGCACUUUGUAGAAGCAAACCAACAGAUAUCAAUUUUUAUCAAGCUUAUUGCAUCUUCAAAAUUAGUUCGAAACUGAGCCCGUACAUGAGCCAAUCACGACGAAAUCCAUCAAUCGAAAGGAAGAA